AUGGAAGGUCAAUGGGAUAUCAUAAUUUCAUCUUUGCAAGAUAUUUUUAAUAGCAAUGAGGAGCGCAACUUUGAUGAAAAUAAGGAUUUCAUAAAAACCAAAAUAUCAGGUCUUUCUGAGAAACAAUUAAACGAUGCCUUACAAAAGCUAACCUCGCAUAAGGAUAAUGUGGAUAAGAGUCUAAGAGUUCUCGAAACUAUAUUAGAGAACCUUAGUGUGGUUAUAAAUGCUGAACAUAAAAGGAAAGCUGCGGAUCCAAAAUUCAAGAAGGGCAGAAGUUUCUGGACAAGUCCUUUCAAUGAAUCAGAUUCAGUAACUAUGGGCUCGGAGGUUGCAUUCAGACUGCGCCAGAGAGGUGCAGAAGAUGAGUGGAUUCAAUGUGAAGUUACCAAAGUGAUCGGGGAUGGAACCAAAUUUGAAGUGCGUGAUCCAGAGCCCGACGAAAAUAAUAAUCCUGGGAAAACUUACAAGGCGACCUGGAAGGAUAUCAUAUUGAUACCCAGUAAACAGAGUGUUGAGUCUCUGGUAAGCUAUCCAUAUGGCACCAAAGUACUGGCAAGAUACCCCGAAACGACUACGUUCUACCCGGCAGAAGUCAUUGGUACCAAAAGAGACGGGCGUUGUAGACUAAAGUUUGAAGGAGAAGAAGAGGAAGGGAAAGAGACAGAAGUUGACAGAAGGUUGGUUCUUCCAUAUCCAGGCAAAUAA